GAACGCCUUUUACCGGAAAUCAACGAGGCGCCUGCCAGCCCCGUGAGUGAUGUUGUUGCUGUUCACAGGAGUUACUACACUGACUAAAAACUACCCCCAGUUCAAACUGUGCGCAGGUUUAUCCGUCAACAAGCUGUAAACUCCUCUCGCAGGUGAAAAUGCUGUGGACAGUCGACAUGUUGGACUAGCUGCCCCCCAGACCCCCCUGGGCAGCAGCUCGGAGCCGUCUGGUCGUGGCAACGAGCGAGCAGUAUGGAGUACAGAGGGAGUCCGGUUGGACUGGAAGCCCGUCCCAACACUGUGCAGCACCACACACUGAGACACGAGAGGAGCCUCUGGAUGCUCACCACCAAGUUUGUUAGUUUACUACAGGAAGCCCAGGAUGGUGUACUGGAUCUGAAAGAAGCUGUCAGCGUCCUGGCUGUCAGACAGAAAAGGCGCAUCUAUGACAUCACCAAUGUGUUGGAGGGCAUUGGCCUGAUUGAGAAAAAAUCCAAAAACAGUGUACAGUGGAAGGGUGUAGGGCCAGGAAGUAACACACAAGAGAUUGCCAAGAAGCUGACAGGCUUGAAGUCUGAGCUGGAGGAACUAGAGCAGAAGGAAAGCGUGUUGGACCUGCAGAAAGUUUGGAUUGAACAGAGCAUCAAGAACACAACUGAAGACUUCAAAAAUAGCCCUUUUGUAUAUGUGAACCACGAGGAUAUCUGCAACUGCUUCAAUGGUAACACCCUCUUGGCAGUACGGGCGCCAUUUGGUACACAGUUAGAUGUCCCCAUACAAAAAGCUGUGCAGCACGGUGAAGCGAAGUAUCAGAUCCAUCUGAAAAGCACCAACGGGCCCAUUGACGUUCUGCUUAUCAACAGAGACCCUGUUAGCUCUGCUCCUGUGGUGCUGCCGGUCCCACCACCUGAGGAGAUUCUGCAGAGCGCCAGAUCAGCCGCGUCCUCUGCAAAGCAAACAGAGCACAGCGCCACCGCUAAUGUGGCGUCGGUCAAUACCAACCAGACUGCUGACCAACCUAGCACUAAGUCGAAGCGAACAGCUUCAGUGGACAGCCAUCCUCUUCAGGCACCACCGUGUAUCAGUGCUGAAUCUAACAGAAGUGAUGUGUCUGAAUUGCUGAGUUUAUCAAAAGACCUGGCAGACAUUCUUGACCCAACCAAAGAAAUUAUGAAUGCAGACCUGAUAACAGAGCUUAUGGCUUCUGAGGUUUUCUCUCCACUCCUACGGCUGUCUCCUCCUACAACUGAAUGUGACUACAUGUAUAAUCUGGAUGACAGCGAGGGCCUCUGUGACCUAUUUGACAUCCCUGUCCUCAAUAUUUGAUGUUGGACUCCUGCCUGGUGACAAGGUGGAGAGAAAAUGGAGGAGGGAAUCUGGAAAGCUCAAGAAGACUAGUGAAUGAACGUGUUACUGCCUUUGGUGGAAUGAAUGAAGCAAACUGACAUUUUCUUUCUUUAUUCUUUUUUAUUUUUUUUGUGUAUGGCUUAUUUGUGUUCUAGAAUAAAGUCUUUUUUAAAUCUC